AUGGCCGACCCUCUCCUCACAAGCCUCUGCGCAAUCUGCCACAUCGAGCCUCCCAAAUACAAGUGCCCGCGCUGCACGCUCCAGACUUGCUCCCUGACCUGUACGAAGCGCCACAAGUCCUGGUCUUCGUGCAAUGGCAUCCGCGACGCGACGGCCUACGUCCCGCCUUCCAAGCUCAAGACGGCCGCGGGUGUCGACCACGACUUCAACUUCCUCUCGGGUAUCGAGCGCGCCGUCCAGCGCUCCGAGAAGGAGAUUAUCGAGGAGAGACACCUCCUGAAGCCUGAGGACCUGCGGCCGGUUGAGGUGCGCAGCGUGCAGUGGAAGACAGGGCGCGAUGGGCGCAAAAAGAGGGUACUGGUCACCGAGGUCCUGCGAGGGGACAAUGGCCCAGGCGGCGCGAGGCAGGAGGCGCUCUCGAGUAUACCCUUCAAGAAGAGGUUGGGCAAAUUUGGUAUCCUAAUGAAGCGUGCGCCAGUCGGCAUGGUGAGGCAGAGGGAGAACGGGACCAACUUCAGCAGGGCCUCUGGAAGAAUCAACUGGCAGGUCGAGUGGCUGCUCGUUCCGUCCGUGGGGACACUGGCGCCAUCGCAAUAUGAGGAGGGUGGACGGGUUUUAGGUACGACAGCGACAAAGAAGAUACUGGCCAAGGCGCUCGACGACGUACCGCUCUACAAGGCCUUCGUCGCCGGACAGAAGUCGUUCAACGACGAGCAGGCCAGGAAAACCCAGCAACGCCAGCAACCAGACAACGAAGACGAGGCCCAGGAUGCCAACGCCAACGCCGGCGGCCCUAGCCGAACCAAGAAACGCCGUAAACACCACCAUAAACCGGGCCAGUCCAUCGCCACGGCCCAGGACACGGAAACAGGCGCCUGGCACCCCGGCCGCUUCUGCAUGCAGUCCUCCUCUCCGCGCGGCACCUGGACCCCUCAUACCGGCGUCCAGCCCUUCACGGGCAUCACGGAGGAAGAGGAGGCGCAAAAGAGUAGAUACUCGUUCUACGUCACCGGUACAACGUCCGCGGCGACGGCAGCGACGGGCAAGACGGUCGUCCACGCCGUGGACGCGACGACGCCCCUCGGCGAAGCCCUGCGUGAUACAACGGUCCCCGAGUUCCCUACAAUCUACGUCGUCGAAGCUGCCGCGGCCCUACCGGUGACGUUGCUCCAGGAACCGAAACCCGUACGUCUUAUUCCUAAACGGAAGCUCGAGGGCAAUGGUAAAAGGGGCGGCGGCAAGGCGAAGAAACCUCGCAAGAAUCUGGAGGAUGGCGAGCUACCGAGUGACGGUGACGACAGUGACGAGGAUCUCGCCGACGCCGACGUUGAUCGGUUCGCUGCCGCCGUAGACCAGAUCAUCGCCGAGCAAAGUUUGGGCGAGGAAGACGAUGACACCACCACGAGCAGCUCUGGGACAGAUUCGGAAAGCGACGAAGGAAUCAGCGCCAGUCUCGCUGCCAAGUUGGCCCUGUUGAAGAAGAAGCUGGCGUGA